CUAUAGUCCGACGAGAAACAAAACUCGAGGAACGUUACGCAAUUUCCCCGAAAUCUCACAGCAUCUAAAGAACAAGAGGGACGCAUUUAGAGGGCGGCGAAUCGCAUCUUGAAGUGGGAGCAAUUUGCAACAUCCAUAGAUCUCAGCAUCAGUUCGUAGAUUGAGUUAGCAGUUCAUUAAAGUAAAAAAAUAUGCUCCUCACAGUGUUUCUGACGUACGGUUUUCAUUUCCACUUGGGAUUUUAAGGUGUCACGAUUACAUCGGGAGUAGGAAGCAUAGUGCCCUCAUGGGCAAUGUACUGGCUUUGUCUUCAAGCACUGGCCAUCAGAGCUGGCCUUUCUCCACCGACCCACCCCCUUCUCGCUGGGAUGCACAUCCUGCUCACUGGGACAGUCCUCCACGCUGGGAGAGGAGAGAUGGUCGCCUACCCAACCCUGGCAGCUUUCACUCACUCCAUAGGAGCUGCAAAGAUGUGUUUCCUCAUCAGAUUGAGGGUGUCAAGAUGAUUGUAAACAAAACUCUUAGCAGCUUCUUCAAGGUCAGUCACACUCUCCACCUCAGUGCUGUAAGUCCUUCUUACUAUCGAUUCCAUGUGGAGCAUCUGCAGUCUGACGACUACAGCAAGGAUAAGGAUGCCCCAGCAUUGAUUGGUGAGAUGGACUCUUCAGGGAGUCUGAACGCUCAUGCUCUACUGCAUCUCUCUGAGCGUGUUCGAGCCAGAACUGUAUUCCAGACCCAGCAGUCACAGUUUGUAACGUGGCAGUUUGAAACAGAGUUCAGAGGGAAGGACUUCACAGCUGCUGUCACAGUGGCCAACCCAGACGUCCUCAGAGAGUCAGUCAUCCUUGUAGGACAUUUCCUGCAGAGUGUGUCUUCGGGACUGGUGUUAGGUGGCGAGCUGGUCUAUCAUCGGGGACGUGCAGAGGAAGGAGGAAUUCUCACUUUGGCUGGACAGUACUCAAGACCAAACUGGGUGGCAACCCUGAAUGCCGGUAAAGGAGGCGCCCACGCUAGCUACUAUCACAGAGCAAACAAACAGAUCCAAGUUGGGGUGGAGUUUGAAGCCAGUACCAGGACACAAGAGACCACAACCUCAUUUGGGUACCAGAUGGAACUCCCAGAAGCCAAUAUGGUCUUUCGAGGAAUGAUAAACAGUCGGUGCAUAAUAGGGGGCGUGUUGGAAAAGCGUCUGACCCCGUUGCCAGCCACUUUGAUUAUGGGUGCCUUUGUAAAUCACAGAGGGGACAAGCUGCAAGUGGGCCUAGGCGUCAACGUGGGAUAAGCCUCCACUAACUACCACUGGGACUAUAAUUCACUGUCAGGAUAUCCAUCCAAAAAUCUGAGUCAGAAACUUCAUAAUGAACUAACAUUCUGGGGUUUUAUCAGCCACAGCUAAACACUUCCUGUUUGUUCGAUGCAACUUACCCUGAAACCUACCUCUCAAUGAAGAGCUGUUUUUUGAUUGGAUGACAAAAGAACUGGACAGGAGGAAGGAGUGAACCUUUAAAGGGAUGCAUCAUGUGUUACAGUUACGCCCCACCUGAAACCAGGCUGCACAUCACGUUGUGCUGGCCAAUGAACACAGAAAAAACCUGAAAGGAUAAAAGGCAUACUGCACUGUAAAUUUAGAAUAGCCUUAUAUAUAUAUAUAUGUGUGUGUGUGUGUGUGUGUGUGUGUGUGUGUGUGUGUGUGUGUGUGUGUGUGUGUGUGAAAUUAACAAUAACAAUAAUAAUUAGUGUUUAUUUCUGUAUCCCAGGAAGGUAUCUAAAUGUAAAACCAGUCAAAUGCUUGUUAGCAACUAUCUACUUAAUUUUAUGAGCGUUCCAUUGUUUGAAUGUACCAUCAAAAAUAAGGUUUGUAAUUAAUACAACACAAGGAGAGCACGCAUAAGUUUUGUUGAAUAUCCACAGCUGACAGAUCUUGAAUCUGUCUUUGUGACCUGGUGACUGCUAAAAUCGAUUAAACCUAAAAGGGUUUGACAGCAGUGCGAUCAACUAUCAGGAUGACAUCUGAUGGACUGUCCUGUGUUUAGCCAGCAUGUCAAAGUGUGUGGAUUCCUGUGAAAUAAUGCUCUAUACUCAUCUAAGAGUGUGCACUGAAGGAGGACUUGUGGAAAACAUUGUCCUGUAUGCAGCUGAUAUUUUGACUUUUCUAUCCCUGAACAUAUGACAUAUUGGGUAUGUAUUAUUUAUACAUCAUGUAAUAGAAGCAUGGAGAGAUGUGGAAAAAGAGACUUUCUUUUUGGACUUAAUUUAUUAAAAAUCCUAUUUCUGU